GCCGGAAGUGACGCAUAACCGGGGCCGGUCCUGUCUGGCGUACUUGGAGGAGGUUUGUCGGCCUCGCGUACCUCUGUGCGAGGCUCGCAGGCAAGUCCUAACUAUCAGAUUGUAAGAAAAGAAAAUAGAAACCAUGUUUCGAAGACCUGUGCUACAGGUGCUUCGUCAGUUUGUGAGACAUGAGUCUGAAAUAGCUACCAGUUUAGUUCUGGAAAGAUCUCUGAAUCGUGUGCAGUUACUUGGGCGAGUGGGUCAGGACCCUGUCCUGAGACAGGUGGAAGGAAAAAAUCCAGUCACAAUAUUUUCUCUAGCAACAAAUGAAAUGUGGCGAUCAGGGGAAAGUGAAGCAUACCAAAUGGGCGAUGUCAAUCAAAAGACAACAUGGCACAGAAUAUCAGUGUUCCGACCUGGCCUUAGAGAUGUGGCAUAUCAGUAUGUGAAAAAGGGGUCUCGAAUUUAUGUGGAAGGGAAAGUAGACUAUGGUGAAUACAUGGAUAAAAAUAAUGUGAGACGACAAGCAACAACAAUCAUUGCUGAUAACAUUAUAUUUCUGAGUGACCAGACAAGAGAAAAGUCAUAGAAUGUAUGAUUCUUCGUUGGCCGAUGUUUGGUACUGUCUCAUUUCCAAAUCAUGUGUAGUCUUUAUAGUUUCUAAGAACAAUGAUUAAAAAUGCUCUUUCAGAUAAA